CUCACUGUGACCGACCACAUCUGUCUGUUCCAGGUUAUCAUGAAGAAGCUACGAGCAUCUGUUAGGAAUCUCAAAAAGCAACCAGCCAACCACAAGAGAAGGGGGAAAUGUGCCCGCAGCAGCAGCCAGGCCAAGCCUUCUGCCCCUGAUGGGAUGAUCCCUGAGUGUCCUGGUUGUCCUGCAGGCCUGGCCAAGCAGAAGGGACAGCAGUUACUGCAGGCCUCUGUGUCCCCAUAUCAUCUCUUCAGAGACAUGGCCGAUGUCACGACUUUUAGGAGGAGCUUGCUCAGGUGGUAUGACCACGAGAAGCGCAGCCUACCUUGGAGAAGAUGGGUAGAGGAGGAGGCCGACUUGGACAGGCGGGCCUACGCUGUGUGGGUGUCAGAGGUUAUGCUGCAGCAGACCCAAGUUGCCACGGUGAUCGACUAUUAUACCCGAUGGAUGCAGAAGUGGCCAAUGCUUCAAGACCUGGCCAGUGCUUCCCUGGAGGAGGUGAACCAGCUCUGGUCUGGCUUGGGCUACUAUUCUCGAGGCCGUCGGCUGCACGAGGGAGCUAGGAAGGUGGUAGAAGAGCUAGAUGGCCAUAUGCCGCGCACAGCCGAGACGCUACAGCAGUUCCUGCCUGGUGUGGGGCGGUAUACAGCUGGAGCCAUUGCUUCCAUUGCCUUUGGUCAGGUAACCGGUGUGGUGGAUGGAAAUGUGGUACGGGUGCUGUGCCGUGUCCGCGCCAUUGGUGCAGAUCCCACCAGCGCCUCUGUCUCCCAUCACCUCUGGAGCCUAGCCCAGCAGUUAGUGGACCCAGUCCGGCCUGGAGACUUCAAUCAAGCAGCUAUGGAGCUGGGGGCCACAGUGUGUACCCCACAGCGCCCUCUCUGCAGCCAUUGCCCUGUGCAGAGCUUAUGCCAGGCACAUCAGAGGGUGGAGCGGGAACAGCUCUCAGCCUUGCCAGGCAGUCCUGACAUAGAGGAGUGUGCUCUCAACACUACACAGUGCCAGCUUUGCCUCCCUCCCACAAAACCCUGGGACCCCACCCUGGGAGUGGCCAACUUUCCUCAGAAGGCCAGCCGCAAGCCUCCCAGGGAAGAGUACUCUGCCACCUGUGUUCUGGAGCAGCCCAGAGCCAUUGGGGGUCCCCUGAUCCUGCUGGUGCAGAGGCCCAGCUCAGGUCUGCUGGCAGGACUGUGGGAGUUUCCAUCUGUCACCUUGGAGCACUCAGAACAGCAUCAGCACAGAGCCCUUCUGCAGGAGCUGCAGAGCUGGUCUGGACCCCUCCCUGCCGCUGAUCUCCAGCACCUGGGGGAGGUGAUCCACAUCUUCUCUCACAUCAAACUGACAUACCAAGUAUACAGUCUGGCCCUGGAAGGACAGACCCCGGUGGCCACUGCACCUCCUGGCGCUCGAUGGUUGACCCGGGAAGAAUUCCACAGUGCAGCUGUCUCUACUGCCAUGAAAAAGGUGUUCCGCAUGUAUGAGGGCCAUCGGCGAGGGACCUGCAAAGGUUCUAAAAGGUCCCAGGUGUCUCCUCUAUCAAGCCGGAAAAAACCCAACCCGGGGCAGCAGGUCUUGGAUAGGUUCUUUCAGCCUCAUAUCCCCACAGACACACCCAACAGUACUGCCCAGUAAUACUUGGGAAUCCCCACCCCAAACCCAGCCUAAUAAAUGCUUACUUUUUGUACUA